AUGCAAUCACAGAGAUCAUCGACUACUCGUACGACAUCACCUCGUACUACAUCAAUAUCACGAAAACAUUCCACCACCACCAAACAAUCACCGACCAUGAAAAAGUAUACGCGAAAUGUAAUCGAUGAAUUUAGUUUAAAUUACGUAAAUGAAGAUCAUAUAGAGGCAUUCUCUAAGGCGUUAGCGGAGGAUCCCGAACAAGACUCUACAGAGCAUAUUGCCGCUAUAACGGACUUCAUGCCGAUUAGACAAAAAAUUAAAAAGAAGAAACCUAAAGUACCGAGCGGAUUCGACGGUAUCUCUUAUCACAUUGUUAGAUUUCCUUUAAUGUUGUUUAUUUUCCUUAUCAUCACUUUUGAAUUGUUAUGUUACAUUUUGGUAAGACAAAUCGUGAACCUAUGGGAAUACUUUGUUCAAUGGAGAGGAGAGAGAUAUCGACUAAGAGAGAAAUUACGUAAUUCUUCCGCGUAUAAAGAAUGGAGAGAAGCAGCACAACAACUUGAUUCAUAUUUUCAUUAUGAUGAAUGGAAGGAUGAAGUUCCAUUCGGCGUUUUACAGAAUUGUGUAAAGAAUAAUUUUGCUGGUGUUGAAAACGUAAGUUUAUACUCUCAAACUUAUUUUGGAACAAAAAAAAUUGUUGAAAAUUAUAUCGAAGAAGUGACGGAAUCUCUUGAUUACUUGCGAACAACAAAAUCGUUGCCGUUGGAAGAGAAACGCAAAUUAUUUAAAAAUGCACAAAAAAAUUAUGGAAGAACGGCAUUGUGUUUAAGCGGGGGAGCAUGUUUUGGUUAUUAUCAUUUAGGGGUAGUUAAAGCAUUAUUUGAAGCGAAUUUAUUACCAACAGUUCUAACAGGAACAAGCGCGGGAGGUUUAAUAGCCGCUCUUAUAUGUGUACGUACUGAUGAUGAAUUGGCUCAAGUGCUUAAACCAGACUUGAGUAGACAACUUACCGCGUGUUCCGAGCCAUUGUUCGUAUGGUUAAAACGUUUAUAUACAAUUGGCGCAAGAUUUGAUGCGGUAGAUUGGGCACGGAAAACUCAAUGGAUUACGAAAGGAAGUUUAACUUUUAAAGAAGCUUACGAUAGAACUGGUAGAAUACUUAAUAUCUCCGUUAUACCUUAUGAUCCACAUUCACCUCCUAAAGUAUUAAACUACAUCACCGCUCCCGACUGUGUCAUUUGGUCCGCAGUCAUCGCCAGUGCUGCGGUUCCAGGCAUUUUGAAUCCCGUGGUAUUGAUGCAGAAAUUAAAAGAUGGAUCCAUUGUACCAUAUAAUUAUGGACAUAAAUGGAAAGAUGGAUCACUUCGUACAGAUAUACCGAUUCAAUCAUUACACAUGCACUUUAACGUAAAAAAUACAAUAGUAUCACAGGUUAAUCCUCACGUUCAUUUGUUUUUUUACGCACCGAGGGGUUCCGUCGGUAGACCGGUUAGUCAUAGGUAUGGUAGAGGAUGGAGAGGUGGAUUUUUAUUAUCAAGCAUUGAACAAUACCUUAAAUUAGAUUUAAGCAAAUGGUUAAAAUGGGUGAGGGAUUUAGAAUUAUUACCUAAAGUCGCCGAUCAAGAUUGGAGUUCAAUUUGGUUACAGAGAUUUGAUGGUAACAUAACCAUAUGGCCAAAAUCAAGGAUAUCCGAUUUCUUUUAUAUCCUUACCGACCCUAAUUAUGAAAGGUUGGAUGUGAUGAUCACAACUGGUCAACGAGUUACAUGGCCCAAACUUCAGAUGAUUUCAAAUAGAAUAAAAAUUGAGAGGGCGAUAAAAAGGGGGAGAGAUCAUGUUAAAAGAGAAGAGAGAAAGAAAUUUAGAUAUCAUAGAAGCGAAGAAACAAAUGAUGGUCAUAUUGGACAUAGUAGGACCAUGUCUUCCCCUUCAAUUGUUCAAUCCCUCAGUAAUAUCAAUUUCAAUAUCAUUAAUUCGAGUAGCGGAAGCGAUAGUGAUGAUUACGAUCAUUUCAGUCAUUUCAGUAGUGGUCAAGAUGAAUCGGAUGAAAUCUUAUUGGCCAAUGUUGGAAGUGGCAGUGAUAGUAUCUCUGCUGAUAGCGAUAGUAGUAAUGGUGGUGAAAAUUUUAGUAGGAUAAAUGAUAAUAUCAUUGAUGAUGAUGAUCUUAGUUCUCUAAAGUAUGAUAUGAUCAUAAGUCAAUCUUCUUCAUCGGAUUAUGAUGAUGGUAUUGUAACUCCCGAUGAUGGUCAAGGGUUAACGUUUUAUUGA